CGCCUCCUGCAGUCGCAUCCCUCCAUCCCCUCUGGAGUUACGGCUGCUACAGGAGAAGCCUAUCCUCGUAGGAGCGGGAGACUUGAUGGACGAGGGGGCACCUCCGGGCUGUAGCAGCAGACGCUGGGCGUGUGAAGUGCGCCCUAGGGGGGCAGGCUGCUGGCAGAGGGGCCCGGUCUGCGCGCCGGCGGGAGGCUUUUCCCGAGACGAAGCUGGCACUUGACUUUCCCCGAUCUUCGUCCGGGGCAUCUUCCCUGCCGUCUGCAGCCCCAAGAACCCACUGCCUCCACUUUGCAGCCCCGGCCUGUCCCAUUCUCUCGCUUUCUUUUUUGGCACUGCCCUUUGCCCUCCCAUGGAGUCAUCUGUUUACUCUCCCUUCACUUGCAAUCACCCAUAGGUCACCCUCCCUUUUCCACAUUCACCCACUUUGUCCCCUUUCCCUCUCCCCCUCACUCUUCACCUCUCCCCGAGUCGCCUUCUCAGAGGAGUCUGCCGACGGAGAUGCUGCGGACCCCGCGGCCAGGGUCUGCUCUCCGGAGAACCCUCCGUCCACCUUUGCCCCCUCCCCGGGGGCGCAGGAGGCAAGUUUCCGCCCCGUCCUUUCCCCAGUGACAGGACUUGGCGGCGGCCACGGCCAGGGAGGCGGAGGGAGAGACGGCCUGGCUCCCGAGCCCCCUCCCCUGCUCGCGAGCUCGCGCGGUCUGUGUCUCUCUCCGCAAGUGCGGAGACGCGGAGGAGGAGGAGGAGGAGGGAGUUGGGGGAGGAUCUCCAUUGAAAUAAACAACCAGGCAGCAGUUAUUAACACGGGAACAUGGCGGCCGCAGCCUCAGCCACAGCUUCGGCGGCGAAGGUCAGCGCCGACGGCAGCCGGCACCUGACGGCGUGACCGACCCGAGCCGAUUUCUCUCGGAUUUGGCUACAAAUUUAUAGAUCUUCUGCACUGUGUACAGGCACAGAGUUGUGACCUGAAGAAAUGACUGGAGGGAGACUGAGCAUCUCAGAGUACACGGAGGGAAGGCUGGCGGUUUGAUGGUUGCUGAUAUGUGUUCAAGAUGAGUGGGAUGGGAGAAAAUACCUCUGACCCAUCCAGGGCAGAGACAAGAAAGCGCAAGGAAUGUCCUGACCAGCUUGGACCCAGCCCCAAGAGGAGCACUGAGAAGCGUAAUCGUGAACAGGAAAAUAAAUACAUUGAAGAACUCGCAGAGCUGAUUUUUGCAAAUUUUAAUGAUAUAGACAACUUCAACUUCAAACCUGACAAAUGUGCAAUCUUAAAAGAAACUGUGAAGCAAAUUCGUCAGAUCAAAGAACAAGAGAAAGCAGCAGCUGCCAACAUAGAUGAAGUACAGAAGUCAGAUGUGUCAUCAACAGGGCAGGGCGUCAUCGACAAGGAUGCGCUGGGGCCCAUGAUGCUUGAGGCCCUUGAUGGGUUCUUCUUUGUGGUGAAUCUGGAAGGCAACGUUGUAUUUGUUUCAGAAAAUGUGACACAGUACCUAAGGUAUAACCAAGAGGAGCUGAUGAACAAAAGUGUAUAUAGCAUCCUGCAUGUUGGGGACCACACUGAAUUUGUCAAAAACCUGCUGCCAAAGUCUAUAGUGAACGGGGGAUCCUGGUCUGGCGAGCCUCCUAGGCGGAACAGCCAUACCUUUAAUUGCCGGAUGCUGGUAAAACCUUUGCCUGAUUCGGAAGAGGAAGGUCACGACAACCAGGAAGCACAUCAGAAAUAUGAAACUAUGCAGUGCUUUGCCGUCUCUCAACCAAAGUCCAUCAAAGAAGAAGGAGAAGAUUUGCAGUCCUGCUUGAUUUGUGUGGCAAGAAGAGUUCCCAUGAAGGAAAGACCAGGUCUUCCCUCAUCAGAAAGUUUUACUACUCGCCAAGAUCUCCAAGGCAAGAUCACGUCACUGGAUACCAGCACCAUGCGGGCAGCCAUGAAGCCAGGCUGGGAGGACCUGGUGAGAAGGUGCAUUCAGAAGUUCCACGCGCAGCAUGAAGGGGAAUCUGGGUCCUAUGCUAAGAGGCAUCAUCACGAAGUGCUGAGACAAGGAUUGGCAUUCAGUCAAAUCUAUCGUUUUUCCUUGUCCGAUGGCACUCUUGUUGCUGCACAAACGAAGAGCAAACUCAUCCGUUCUCAGACUACUAAUGAACCUCAGCUUGUAAUAUCGUUACAUAUGCUUCACAGAGAGCAGAAUGUGUGUGUAAUGAAUCCGGAUCUGACUGGACAAGCGAUGGGGAAGCCAUUGAAUCCAAUUAGCUCUAGCAGCCCUGCCCAUCAGGCCAUGUGCAGUGGGAACCCAGGUCAGGACAUGACCCUCAGUAGCAAUAUAAAUUUUCCCAUCAAUGGCCCGAAGGAGCAGAUGGGCAUGCCCAUGGGCAGGUUUGGUGGUUCUGGGGGAAUGAACCAUGUGUCGAGCAUGCAAGCAACCACUCCUCAGGGUAGUAACUAUGCACUCAAAAUGAACAGUCCCUCACAGAGCAGCCCUGGCAUGAAUCCAGGACAGCCCAACUCCAUGCUUUCACCACGGCAUCGCAUGAGCCCCGGAGUGGCUGGAAGCCCUCGAAUCCCGCCCAGUCAGUUUUCCCCCGCAGGAAGCUUGCAUUCCCCUGUGGGAGUUUGCAGCAGCACAGGAAAUAGCCAUAGCUACACCAACAGUUCCCUCAACGCACUUCAGGCCCUCAGCGAGGGGCACGGGGUCUCACUGGGGUCUUCGUUGGCUUCACCAGACCUAAAAAUGGGCAAUUUGCAAAACUCCCCCGUUAAUAUGAAUCCUCCCCCACUCAGCAAGAUGGGAAGCUUAGACUCCAAAGACUGUUUUGGACUUUACGGGGAGCCAUCUGAAGGUACCACUGGUCAAGCAGAGAGCAGCUGCCAUCCGGGAGAGCAGAAGGAAGCAAACGAUCCCAGCAUGCCCCAGGCUGUGAGCGGCGAGAGAUCUGACGGACAAAGUAGACUGCAUGACGGCAAAGGACAGACCAAACUCCUACAGCUGUUGACCACCAAAUCUGACCAGAUGGAGCCUUCGCCCUUAUCCAGCUCUUUGUCGGACACAAACAAGGACUCCACGGGCAGCUUGCCUGGUUCUGGGUCGACACAUGGAACCUCGCUCAAGGAGAAGCAUAAGAUUUUGCACAGACUCUUGCAGGACAGCAGUUCCCCUGUGGACUUGGCCAAGUUAACGGCAGAAGCCACAGGCAAAGAACUGAGCCAGGAGGCCGGCAACACAGCCCCUGGUUCAGAAGUGACUAUUAAACAAGAGCCCGUGAGCCCCAAGAAGAAAGAGAAUGCACUACUUCGUUACUUGCUAGAUAAAGACGAUACUAAAGAUAUUGGUUUACCAGAAAUAACCCCCAAACUUGAGCGACUGGACAGUAAGACAGACCCUGCCAGUAACACAAAAUUGAUAGCUAUGAAAACUGAGAAGGAGGAGAUGAGCUUUGAGCCUAGCGACCAGCCUGGCAGUGAGCUGGACAACCUGGAAGAGAUUUUGGAUGAUUUGCAGAAUAGUCAAUUACCACAGCUUUUCCCAGACACGAGGCCCGGCGCCCCUGCUGGAUCAGUUGACAAGCAAGCCAUCAUCAAUGACCUCAUGCAACUCACAGCUGAAAACAGUCCUGUUACACCUGUUGGAGCCCAGAAAACAGCAUUGCGAAUUUCACAGAGCACUUUUAAUAACCCACGACCAGGGCAACUGGGCAGGUUAUUGCCAAACCAGAACUUACCACUUGACAUCACAUUGCAAAGCCCAACUGGUGCUGGACCUUUCCCACCAAUCAGAAACAAUAGUCCCUACUCAGUGAUACCUCAGCCAGGAAUGAUGGGUAAUCAAGGGAUGAUAGGAAACCAAGGAAAUUUAGGGAACAGUAGCACAGGAAUGAUUGGUAGUAAUGCUUCCCGGCCCACUAUGCCAUCUGGGGAGUGGGCCCCACAGAGUUCUGCUGUGAGAGUCACCUGUGCUGCUACCACCGGUGCCCUGAACCGGCCAAUCCAAGGAGGUAUGAUUCGGAACCCAACAGCCAGCAUCCCCAUGAGACCCAACAGCCAACCUGGCCAAAGACAGAUGCUUCAGUCUCAGGUCAUGAAUAUAGGGCCAUCUGAAUUAGAGAUGAAUAUGGGGGGACCGCAGUAUAGCCAACAACAAGCUCCCCCAAAUCAGACUGCCCCAUGGCCUGAAAGCAUCCUGCCUAUAGACCAGGCAUCUUUCGCCAGCCAAAACAGGCAGCCAUUCGGCAGCUCUCCGGACGACCUGCUGUGCCCACAUCCUGCAGCAGAGUCGCCCAGUGAUGAAGGCGCUCUCCUGGACCAGCUCUAUUUAGCCUUGCGGAAUUUCGAUGGCCUGGAGGAGAUUGACCGAGCCCUCGGAAUACCCGAACUGGUCAGCCAGAGCCAAGCAGUCGAUCCGGAACAGUUCUCCAGUCAGGAAUCCAACAUCAUGCUGGAGCAGAAGACCCCGGUUUUCCCACAGCAGUAUGCAUCUCAGGCCCAGAUGGCCCAGGGAAGCUAUAACCCCAUGCAGGAUCCGAACUUCCAUACCAUGGGACAGCGGCCCAGCUACACCACACUCCGCAUGCAGCCCAGACCCGGCCUCAGGCCCGCAGGCCUGGUGCAGAACCAGCCAAACCAGCUGCGACUCCAGCUGCAGCAUCGCCUCCAGGCACAGCAGAAUCGCCAGCCACUUAUGAAUCAAAUCAGCAAUGUUUCAAAUGUGAACUUGACCCUGAGGCCUGGAGUACCAACACAGGCACCUAUUAAUGCACAGAUGCUGGCCCAAAGACAAAGGGAAAUCCUGAACCAGCAUCUUCGACAGAGACAAAUGCAUCAGCAACAGCAAGUUCAGCAGCGAACACUGAUGAUGAGAGGACAAGGGCUGAACAUGACAUCGAGCAUGGUGGCUCCUGGUGGUUUACCAGCAACUCUGAGCAACCCCCGGAUCCCCCAGGCAAAUGCACAGCAGUUUCCAUUUCCUCCAAACUACGGAAUAAGUCAGCAACCUGAUCCAGGCUUUACUGGGGCCACAACACCCCAGAGCCCUCUGAUGUCACCCAGAAUGGCACAUACCCAGAGCCCCAUGAUGCAGCAGUCUCAGGCUAAUCCAGCCUACCAGGCCUCCUCUGACAUGAAUGGGUGGGCGCAAGGGAAUAUUGGUGGAAACAGCAUGUUUUCACAACAGUCCCCACCACACUUUGGGCAACAAGCAAACACCAGCAUGUACAAUAACAAUAUGAACAUCAAUGUAUCCAUGGCGACCAACACAGGUGGGAUGAGCAACAUGAACCAGAUGACAGGACAGAUCAGCAUGACCUCAGUGACCUCCGUGCCUACGUCGGGGCUGUCCUCCAUGGGUCCCGAGCAGGUUAAUGACCCUGCUCUGAGGGGAGGCAACCUUUUCCCAAACCAGCUGCCUGGAAUGGAUAUGAUUAAGCAGGAGGGAGACGCAUCACGGAAAUACUGCUGACACUGAAGGUAGCUGGUUGCUUCUCUCUUCAGCUGACGGGGCUCACUUGCUCAAAACACUUACCGGCCUGGAGAGCUGUGUCUAUCUGUUUUGACCCAAUCGACCUGCCAGCCAGUUCUGCCAGAGCCAGGUCAGCAGACGGGCCGGGGCCCUGGCUCCCGGGGUGGAGUCCACCUGGCUGUUGCAGGAGGAGCCGCCUCUUCUCUUGACAGUCUGAAGCUCGCGUCCAGACAGUUGCUCAGUCUGUUCACUGCAUUCACCUUAGUGCAACUUAGAUCUCUCCUGCAAAGUAAAUGUUGACAGGCAAAUUUCAUACCCAUGUCAGAUUGAAUGUAUUUAAAUGUAUGUAUUUAAGGAAAACAACCAUGCUCUUGUUCUGUUCCUGUUUGGUUCCAGACACUGGUUUCUUGCUUUGUUUUCCCUGGCUAAUCAGUCUAGUGCAAAAGAUUAAGAUUUCAUCUCGGGAAAGAAAAGAGUUAAAAAAAAAAAAAAAAAAAUACACACACUAAAAGGUGUUUUAACCUAAAGCCUGCAUUUGGGAUAAAAGCAGAGCAGACACCACGGACAGCACUGUAUGUACAGAGACACCCAAGAAGUGAAGACCAGUAAAGUCAUAGUAUCUUUGUAGAAGCUCUAGAGACCAUGUUGAGAAGAGUGUCCAUUGCCGAACAGAGGAAAAGGAGCCUGUGAGAGGGCUGUUGAUAUUAACAAGUGCUUUUUUCUUUUUUUCUUUGUCAAAAUCAAAUUAUUCCACCUAAAUUGUGAAUCAAGAAGAAAUAUUGUUCAUUUCCAAACUAAGUUCCCUUUAGAUUGAUAAGACAGCUUUGAUUAGCGUCCUCUCUUCUCCAUCCAAUCCUGACUCUUCCUUCCCCCGUCAGCCUUCCCUACUUUCGUUUUUUUUUUUUGUUUUGUUUUUUUUAAUUUAAACGCAACAGAAACCAGGUAAGCCCUUUAUUUCCUUAAAUGUUUUGCCAGCCACUGUCAAUUGCUAACUAUUAAAUUUCAGAAAAAAAGCAUUUACUGGCAAGGAGAGGAGCCAAGUUAGGACUUGAUACAAUCCAACUAAGGAUACCUGCUUUGAAAGCAUGUUUAUUCUGUUCCCCAGCAACACUGGCCUACAAGAACGGGAGAAAGUAACUGUGUGUUUAAAAUUGACAGCAGAUAUCACAACAGAUUUAACCUCCGCCAUGUGUUUUUUAUUUUGUUUUCUAGCAGUGCUGAUGAAGCCGAAGUUUUGUAAGGUACAUAAAAUCCAAUUUAUAUGUAAACAAGCAAUAAUUUAAGUUGAGAACUUCAGUGUUUUAAUUGUAUAAUUUUUGUGAGGUAUACAUAUUGUGGAAUUGACUCAAAAAUGAGGUACUUCAGUAUUAAAUUAGAUAUCUUCAUAGCAAUGUCUCCUAAAGGUGUUUUGUAAAGGAUAUCAAUGCCUUGAUUAGACCUAAUUUGUAGACUUAAGACUUUUUAUUUUCUAAACCUUGUGAUUCUGCUCAUAAAUCAUUUAUCUAAUCUAUAUGAUAUGCAGCCGCUGUAGGAACCAAUUCUUGAUUUUUAUAUGUUUAUAUUCUUUCUUAAUGAACCUUAGAAAGACUACAUGUUACUAAGCAGGCCACUUUUAUGGUUGUUUUUCUUGCCCACUCUGGUAGGGGAAUAAUCUUUUAUUAAUUGGCAUCAGUUUCAGACAACUGCAAUACCAAGAAACUGAUGACCUUUUUUGAGCUAUUUCUCCCCAACCCCUAAAACACAUACUUUCUUACCUAAAUUUCAGAAUGAUGUCUUUUUGAUGUCUAAAAAGCAAAGCAUUUUAUAUCUCAUUAGCCAGGCUUUUUAGGAACAGAGAGGUUUUUCCUUGAAAUUUGUUUAUUUGUGGCAGGGUGAAAAAUGUACAAACUACCCCUAUUUAUAUUUAUAUCUCUCUCUAUAUGUGCAAAUUAUGGAGUAUAGAAAGAGAUAUAGCCCAAAGAUAAGUGGUUAAGUAGACAGUCUGAAAGUGUUGCUCCAUACUAAAGAAAUUUUUCUGGAAAUUUGCAUUUCGAUACUUUUUUCCCACUUGAGAGGGGUAUCGCUCGCUACAGGGAGGUGGCCAGGAACAGCACUUCUCAGCGGCCACCAGUUCACGUGUCCCCCUCGAAAUGCUCUACUUUUCUCAACCGAACCACUGGGUUGCCCAGUCGUGAUGGAAAAAAUGAGUAGAUGUUGGCCCGAAACUCCGUGACCUCAUCGGUGUGAUGAGGCUCACAUUACCCAGUUUACUGUGACCGGUUUUAAGUUGAUUUUUUAGAAAUAUGUGAAUUGGAAUGACUUUAUCUUCACACAGCACAGAAGAGAAAUGGAGUUUAAACUGGCUUUGUUUCAAGUCCCUUUUCACUAAAACACUGUCCCCAGAAUAUCAGUGUAUCUUUGAUUGUUUAUCCAUCUGCCCACUGUGUCUUAAUGUCAAUCCCAAUUCAGACAAAUCUGCAAACCUCUGAUACCGAUAAUUUAGAAUAAUUCACGAUCAUUACUGUUUUGAAGGAAGAGAGAUUAUAAAUUCUCUGAUGGCUCAGACCAGGUAAUGGAUUUUGCUUUACAUCUAACUGAAAAGAGAAAAGUCAGUGAAGGAAUCCUCUGAUCAUAUUGAUCACUGUAGAAGCAAAAGCCAAAUCAGUCCCCUUCAUUAUCAGUAUUUCUCAUGCUGUAAACAAUAAAUUUGUCAGACUGAGUACUUGGUUUUGUUUUAAUAGAACAAAUAAUCAGUGUUUUACUUAUAUUACUAAAUGUGAAAAACACAUAAUGUGAAAAGUAUACAUACAUUAACUUGGUUGUAAAACUCAUUUAAGUGUUCAUGUAAUGUGCUAAGUUUAAAAAGUGAAGUGAGCUGUUUUACUACAAUGAAUUCGUUUGACUCAAAGACUAAAAAUGCCCCUCCCACGUGUAUCUCUUACGGCCUGUAAUAACUGAAAGCAAUGUUUUUGCAGUUUAUAUAAUGCAAUUUUUAAUCUGUGUUUAAAAAUGGAGUUCAUAUGGGCUUAACACAUGAAAUGGGUGGCACAGACCCACUUGCAGAACCCAAAGAUACACAAUCAAUUUUGAAAUGCAACUUAAGCCAUUAAUUGUUGGUGUGAAUUUAAAAUUUUCUAGUAUUUGUAUGGUAGUAUGCUGCCUAAGAGCAAAGCAUUCUCUGCACAAAAGAAAAUUACUGUAGUGGCUUCGAUUUUAAUUAGAAUUUUCUCCCUGGUGUUUCUUUAUAGAGGAAAACAAAAUCUUUUAAGUUUCUUACUACAGGUAAAAGCUAUGUGCAAGAACCUCAAAAUGCUAAAAUCUAGCAUAAUGCCUUAGAUCUGUUUUUAAGUCUUGUAUAUUCCUACAUAGCUGUCCAAUGUAUUAUAUUUGUAUAGUGAAUUGUGUACAAUUUUUGAAUAAGUGCAUCAUCACUUAACCUUUAUGUUGUUGAAUAGUGAUGAUGAUACAUUUCUUCAAACAUUUAACUGUCAUUUUUGUUCCUUUGUCAUUUGUGGGUUUUAUUUGUACAGUUCCUCAUGAAGUUGCAUCUGAGAUGUGUGUAUAUGAAAAGAUUAUACAAGGGUAAAAUUAAGCAAUAUAUUAACUAUGGUUCUUCAGGAGAAAGCUUACAGUGUUUCAGGUUGUGAUUUAUUUUCAAAAUGGAGUUGACUCUGAACAUCACUUUGUUCACCUGCAUUGAUGUUUGUAUUUCUAGUGUGAGCAGUUUAUGCAAAGGUAGAUAUAUUCAGAGAAAUUUUAAAUACAUUUAUGCAAGUUAAUAUUGCUUUGCUGAUGCUAUUUGCUUAUUUGAUGUUAAAUAAUGCUAUUGUAAAUAAAGAAUUCUGUUGUUAUUGCAUCAUUUAAUAAAUUUUAAUGCCUUCGGGUUUUACAUGG